AGUCUGACGAGGUGUCACAAGGCCGUACGAGAGGGGCGGGGCCUGCGUCGAGUUGGGGAAACGCAACCAACAAUAAUAACAACAAAAAUUGAAUGAUGAAAGCAAUUUUUGAUCAAUUCACGGUUUACUUCUGUCCUCGUCCUUUUUGUUAUUUUUUUUUUCGGGGGUGGGGGGGACGACGACGGUGCAUCUGCGCACCUUGUCCACUUGGAAUGGUCAAAAGCUGCCGCAGGCUGAUGCAAGGCAAAGACAACAUGGCGUCUAAACCAUGUGACACGGAUCUAACCAAUGCAGAGGAGUGCCUUGCUUCAGAGAGUGUCUUGACUUUCUCUUCUACAGCUUUGACUUCAUCACAAUCAGCAAUUGAGUUAGUUUGUAUUUGCAUGAUGUUUCUUUCAACAUUUACUAGCCUCUUCAGGGAACCGGACGGCAGUUACCUGUGUGACGUCACGUAACGCACAGACGGCAGUGGAGGGGACUACAUUCUCUUGCGGAGGGAUACCAGGGAUUGGAAGCGAAUGCACCCGGGAAGUAGAGCGCGUACGCACGCUGCGAUGUACGCGGCGGAAGUCGAGAGAGAGAGAGAGAGAACGUGAGAACGUGAAUGGGCUCGUUUCCCACCCCACAGCCCCCCCCACCCCCCCCCACUAGCAGCACUGCGCCCUCCGUGUCUCAUCGAUAUCGAUCUGUCGGUUGAUCGAUAACUCAUCGGGUCCUCACACCGGCCGACCGGGAGCUCCGCCGGAGGCUAACGCUGGCUAGCGGCAUGGGUAGCGCUUGAGGCGGCUCCGAACAAGGAAGCUGACGGACGACGAGCUAACGUGGCUAGCGGCUGGCUGCACGCUAAUCUUGUUUCUAAUGUGCGAGCCGGGAGCAUGCGAGCCGAUAGCAGCCAGAGCUGACUCGUUGGGGGAUGUCGGGCAGUAAGGCGCUGGGCGGGGGGGCGAGGCGCAGAAGGACGCGGUGCCGCCGCUGCCAGGCGUGCACCCGCAGCGAGUGCGGCGAGUGUCACUUCUGCAAGGACAUGAAGAAGUUCGGAGGACCCGGUCGCAUGAAGCAGUCCUGCCUGCUCCGCCAGUGCACAGCGCCCGUGCUGCCGCACACGGCGGUGUGCCUGGCGUGCGGCGAGGCGGGGAAGGAGGACACGGUGGAGGGCGAGGAGGACAAGUUCAGCCUGAGCCUGAUGGAAUGCACCAUCUGCAACGAAAUCAUACACCCCUGCUGCCUCAAGAUGGGCAAAGCGGAGGGCAUCAUCAACGACGAGAUCCCCAACUGCUGGGAGUGUCCCAAGUGCCACAAAGAGGGAAAAACCAGCAAGGAGCAGGCGGACAUCUUGGCCAAGCGCCGUCUGGACAACGGCGAGUUGGGCCGCUGGAAGCUGACGGACGAGCCGCCGCCCAAAAAGGAGGCGCCCAGGCCGGACGGCGGCCACAAGCGGAGGAAGGAGACGUCCUCGGACGGCGCCGGGCCCAAAAAGAAGAUGAAGGGCGUGCACGAGAAACGGCUCAAAAAGAAGCCCAAACAGGAAGGAGCAGAGUCCAACGGCCCCCCCUCCUCGGCGGAAGGGCCUCCUCAGGGCUCCAUCUCCUCCUCCUCGUCGUCGACGGCGGGCGACGCCGACAUGCGCUCGCACCACCGGGAAAAACUGGAGCGCUUCAAGAGGAUGUGCCUCCUGGAGCGCCGGCCCGACUCGUCGUCCUCGUCCUCCUCCAGCUCCGAGUCGGACUCGGAAUCCGACUCGGACGACUCCCUGCGCGGGGGCGGGGCCUCCUCGCCCUCCUCGCCCGUGCCGGCGCCGCCGCCUCCUCCCGCCGCCCACGGCAACAGCGGCCCGGAACGCCCGGAGAGGAGCCGCAGCGAGCGAGAGCGCGAGCGGGACCGGCGCCUGGCGGAGUUGGGCUUCAGCGCCAGCGACGAGUCAGAGGACGAGGACGAGGAGCGCGAGGAGGAACGGCCGGGAGACAAGGCCCGGCGGCGAGGAGACGCAGACGGAACCUCGGCGCCGCGGGCGAGGAAAGCCGCCGCCGCGACUGACGAGGACGACCCGCCCCCCUUAGACAGAGUCGGGAAAAACACGCCCUCGCCGCUCUCCUCCAAUCAAGCGGCUCUGUCCUCCUCGCAGCGCAGCAACGGACGCGUGUGCGGCCAGAACGCCGGCAGCCCGCUGACCAAUCACAGACACGGCGUCGGAGCGGGCGGGACCAGGGGCGGCAAGAGUCGGCAGAGAAACUGCACGGCCUCCGUCCCCGCCUCCGACGGGGGGCGGGCGGGGGGCGGCCCCCUGGUGUCGGCCACGGCGGCGUCGCCCUGCUCGGGGACGGCGGGGGGGCGUUCGCACGUGAUGAAGCGCAGCCCCCCUGCCGUGCCGUCGCCCCCCCGUCCCGUCCAGAUGGAGCGCCACCUGGUGAGGCCGCCCCCCGCCUGCCCCGAGCCCAGCUGCCUGCCGCUGGACUCGGGCCGCGCCCACGUGAUGACGCGCGACGUGUGGCUGCGCGUCUUCACCUUCCUCGGCCAGCGCGAGCUGUGCCUGUGCAUGCGCGUCUGUCGCACCUGGAGCCGCUGGUGCUGCGACAAGCGUCUGUGGAGUCAGAUCGACCUGAGCCGACAACGCUCCAUCACGCCGCCCAUGCUCAGCGGGAUCAUCCGCCGGCAGCCCGCCUCGCUGGACCUGGGCCACACCAACAUCUCCAAGAAGCAGCUGACCUGGCUCAUCAGCCGCCUGCCAGGCCUGGCGGAGUUGACGGUGGCGGGCGUCGCGUGGCCGGCGGUGUCGGCGCUGUGCCAGGGCGUGCGCUCGUGUUUGCGCGUGUUGGACUUGAGCGGCGUGGACGACUUGAAAGAUGCGCACCUGAGAGAGCUCCUGGCUCCGCCCUCUGACAGUCGGGCAGCUCGCGGCGGCGGCACGGAGCCGCGAGCCGGCCGCUUCCACAACGUGACGGAGCUGCGGCUGUCCGGGCUGGACCUGACGGACGCGGCGUCCCGCCUCUUGGUGCGCUUCGUGCCGCGCCUCGCCAAGCUGGACCUCAGCCACUGCGCCAACGUGUCGGACCACAGCGUCGCCACGCUGGCCGCGCCCGCCUCGCCGCUCAGACACACCCUAACGCACCUCAACCUGGCAGGUUGCGUGAAGGUGACGGAGCAGAGCGUCCCGUUGUUGCGCCGCUGUCCGUCCCUGCAGACGGUGGACCUUCGCUCGUGUUCGCUCCUUCCCGCCGAAGCCGGACAACUCCUGUGCUUCCCGCCGCAGGCGUCCUCGUCUUCUUCCUUGUCGGCUUCCUCUGCCGCCGCCGCCCUAGCUGCUUCCACUUCCUGUCCGCCUGAGGACAGGACGCUGCUCAAGAACAGCUAAAUGCUAACGCUAAGGGUCCCGCGGCAUCUUGGGACAUUUGAGGACACGACAGGUCAAAAGUGUGAAGAAUCAGUGGACCGCAAACAACAAAAGCUUCCCAAAAGUUGAAAUAAGCUUUAUUUUUUAUUGUUUACUCAAGUCUUUGACUGUUGGCGGGACAAAACUGUGAAAAAGGGUGGCCGUCGGGCAGCAGCCUUUCCAAACGGUUCUUAUUUCCACCGUGCUGUGCCACCGAUUUUGGUUUGGAGGGGGGUAAUUGCUGCCGCACCAGAACAAAAAUUCACCGUCACAAUUUGUCGAAACAUUUCACAUGACACGUGCUAAGUUAUCACAUUCAAAUGUGCCGAGUUUAACUUUGGCGUUCGGCUAAUCAAAACGAAGGAUUUCUUUCAAGUUUAGGUCACCGGUGUGGCCCGUUGAAGAGAUGGUGCGUCUUCAAUCUUUUGAAAUGCCUGGGCUUCUUUUUUGAAACAGUAUUCCAGAAGCGUUACGAGCUCGCUGUUUGUAACUUUCCUUCAUACGACAAAAAAAGAAGCCCAAUAUACGUUGAUUGGCCUCUGCCAGUGAUGUGAACCAGAAGAAAUGAGUUUUGUUUUGCCAAAUGCAAAAGUGAAUCGUGUGACGAUGUGAAAGGUUUUUAAACGUGAACCAUCGCGUAAUAUCAUAUUGAACCUGUUUGGAGAGAGAAAUGUAUCUUGUUGAAACACAAAAGUUCAUCGCGUUGUAACGUGAUGCGCAACGAUUGUUUGGUGGGUGGCAGCAAUGCGCUUCUGGAAACUCAUGCUUUCAUUGUGUGCGUGUUUGUUUUGUUAUGUUUUGUUUUUUUUUCAAUAUCUACUCCCCCCCCCCCCCCCCCCAGCUUUCCCCGUCUUGUGCAGCUCAGCGUCCCAGCUGCCCGGCAACAAGUGUGGAGAUGAAACCAGAUUGGACGAAGGUCCUUCUAUUAAAGCGCUUAUCAAAUUCGCUGUACGCGCUGAAUUUACCGCGUCUUGAUGGAUGUUUUCUAAUGCACUGGAUCAUGAGGACCUUCAUCCUCCAUUGCCAAAAGUUGUUUUUUUUUUGUGAAAAGGGGCAUUUUUAAACAGUUUUUUUUAAAUAUAUAUAUAUAUAUAUAUAUACUUUUUCCAUAAUUAUUUUAUGUUGUGAAAAUGAGGAGGGAUGUAGGAAGACAAAAGAGCAACUCAAGGCAGCUAUGACAUAUGAGUGACUACUGUAAAACUAAUAAAGAGGCAAUGAGUUCAUUUUU